GUCCUUGACAUUGUAAACAACAAUGAACGUAGGUUAAGCGAUUUACAUUUAACACAAUCAAUUGACGUGUUAAAUAGCCUGCGUGAAAAUAUUAGACAUAUUUCGGAAAGACAUAAUUUUCAAAUAUUUGUUCCAAAUGCGCUAAAUACACCAGCAACAUUCGAAAUCACUGAUUUCAUGAUAUCAGUAGAAGAAUAACUUAAACAAAAGCAAGAACAAAUCGAAAUAGUCAACAUGGCUCAAUCACCAGUAGAUUUUCUUAAGAUAGCCUUAUCGCUCUUACCAGAGUUUGAUGGCAAGGCAGAAAAUUUAAAAAGCUUCAUAGAUGCUCUGAAUCUGGUAGAUUCUCUAAAAGAAACACACGAAGCACUUGCUGUAAGUCUUCUUAAGACAAAACUAAAAGGCCAUGCCAGGAACCUGAUAAGUGAUGAGAACACUAUUACAGCUCUCAUAUCGAAACUAUCGGACAAAUUAAAAGGAGAGUCAGUAGAAGUUAUUUCUGCUAAACUUCUAAACUUACAACAAAAGAGCAAAACGGCCAAUCAAUAUACCCAAUAGGCUUAAAAUUGAAAAAAAAAGUCCCUUGAAGGAGUCUAUAUCAGUGAAGGUCUAAGCCAAUCACUUGCAAACACUACAAGAGCCGUAAAACCUAUGACCCAAAAUUGUUCGAUUGAUAAGGUAAAACUUAUCAUGCAGGCAGGCACAUUCACAAAUAUGAAUGAUGCCGUCUCCAAAUUUGUCAAUAGUUGCACGGAGGUAACAGGUCAAAGUAACACUGUCCUGUAUUAUCGACGAGGUGUAAAUCAAAAUAAUAGACGAGGCCGAAGUUAUAAUCGUGGCAAAAAUUACAACCACAACAAUUGCAACUGCGGCGGUAAUAACAACAACAACAACAAUAAUUACAAUAACCGUGCAGGAAGACGAGGCCAAAAUCGGGGAAGAGGCCGCGGGAACUCCAACCAAGACAAAACUGACUGGGAUGUCUGGAUUCAAUAUUUCACAUAUUGCUUCAACACUUCAACACCAUCAGCAACGCAUGAGUAUUGUACAUACGAACUAGUAUUUGGCCGACUACUAAAUAGUUCAUAGAUUUAAAUAAAACUAAUUACAUAGAUCCUAUUUAUAAUCUAGAUGACUACUCUAAGGAAAUAAAGUUUCGAUUAGAAAUAGCAUAUAAAAGAGCUGGAAUUAUGUUAGAAAAAGCCAAGGCUUAUAGGAAAUUAGCA